UGGAAUGUAUACAAUGUCUCUCUGCCCAGUAGUUCUUUCACAAAGCUCCUGAAGGCAGUGAAAAUAACGUCAGAAUAAACAAAUCCUGAAAUCGCCCUGUAUAAAUCACUUGCCAGCUGAAGGAAAGUCUUGGGUUUACAAUUUCACUUAUGUCCUAAUGAUGGAAAAUCUCAAGGGAGCAUAAACGGCUCAGGAGUCAGUGGAUGCCGGGGGCAAAAAGCAAAAGGUAAAUAUCUCUAUCGUUCAAUUACCCUGCAGGUAGAAACUGUCAAUUGUCACCAAAAACAUCAAAGUCUUUUGUUAUUUAUUUAUCACAUUAGCCAAAAAGGGAGUUUGGGGGUGGGGAGGCAACAAGAAGUCAUGAUUUAAAAAAAAAAAAAAAAAGCAAGGUUCUCAUUUAAUUUCUUCAGUGAGUUUAUCGUUACCGGAGAGCAGAGUUGCCAGCAUUACAUGUUUGGGGAAUGAUUAAGACCCAGGAAGAGAUGCAUGCAUUUGCUGGAUGACAAAUCUGUUGAAAACCAUGAAAAAAAAAAAAAAGUACUUCUAGUGUGCAAGAUGAAAUUAACUGUUACCUUACUGUGGGGAAAGAGCCUUAGGGUUUGGAGUCGAGAUAUGUAUUCAAGUCAUGGCUCUACUACUUAUUGUCUGUGUGACUUUGUACAAAUCACUUUCUCUCCCAAAGCCUCAGUUUUAUCCUCUGUUAAAUGAGGAAGUUAUGAUAGAUGAUCUGUACAUUCUCUUCCAACUUUAACGUUCUAUAAUUCUGAGAUGGUUUAGAUUAACAUUUUAGCCCCAGGCAGUCAAAUAAUUGGCAACUUGUACAUUUUUUUUGCCAGAUUAGCAGAAGACCCCAGCUUCCAAGUUCUGAUUGAUUUGUUCACUUUGGCUAUGACAAUAACAAGCAAAUAACAAGAGAUAAAAAAAUAAACCAGUAAAUUUCAGGGAUUUAGACACAGUGUGAUUUUUAUUUCCCCAUCUUUGCUAAUCAAUAUUUAUACUGAAAACUACAAGGCUCAAGAGAUUGAGACAGACAUAGAUGGUCUGCCUUGAUUCACCCGCAGCUGAAUAUCCUAGGCAAGAUAUCAAGACUCGACUUUGUAGCAAUCCAUUGCUUUAAGAUGGAUGGGGAGUCACCUGAGGGUCUGCUUUUCAAAGAUGAGGACUACUCCUCUGAUCUCUUGAGGCAGCUGAAUAUCUUAAGACAAAAAAGGAUCCUGAUUGAUGUGACUAUAUGCAUUGGGAACUGUGAAGUCCCCUGCCACAGAAAUGUCUUGGCAUCCAGCAGCCCUUACUUCCAGGCAAUGUUCUGCAGCAACUUCAGAGAGAGUACUCAGGCCAAAAUUGAUCUGAAAGGCAUUGAUGCUAAUACUUUGCACCAGAUCAUCCUGUAUGUGUACACUGGGGAAGUUCACAUCACUGCAGAGAAUGUCCUACAUUUGAUGGAGGCUGCAUCCAUGUUGCAGUAUCUUAGACUUUUUGAAGCCUGUUCGUUAUAUCUUCAGAAGCAGUUAACCCCUGACAACUGCCUUAGUAUGAUCAGACUCUCUGACAAUUUGAGUUGUGAGAGCCUCAAACAGAAAGCCAGAUCAAUGGCUCUAAGGUGUUUCCCAGAAGUAUCCUUAUCAGAAGACUUAAAGGAGCUAUGUCCCUUGGAACUGAGUGACUACCUGGGAGAUGAUAAACUCUGUGGUGAGGAAGAAGAAGUGUUCGAAACAUUGAUGGUCUGGAUCAGGCAUGACCUCCAGGCCCGGAAAGAAUAUAUCCAAGAACUAUUCAAGAAAGUCAGGCUUCAAUAUGUCCACCCGACCUUCUUCUUCCACUUCAUUGUCAACGACUCUCUCCUUCAGUCUUCACCAGCAUGUCAAGCCAUCCUGGAGAUGGUGAGGAGACAAGUGUUCUCUUUGUAUGGCACUGGCAGCCCAGACCUCAAGCCACUAUGGCAUGUCCCCCGGAGAGAUUCUCACCGGGAUUUCCUCAUCCUGUUGGGAGGUAGAAAGGACAAUCAGCAAACCACCAGGGAAGUUCUGCUAUACAACGAGAAGACUGGCCAGUGGCAGUGCCUUGCCAAGCUGCCAGCUCGCCUUUACAAAGCCUCUGCAGUCACCUUGCAUAGCACUGCCUACAUACUGGGGGGCAUGUCUGUGGGAGUGGGGAAGCAGCAAGUCAGUCACAAUGUUUACAUCUUCUCCCUAAAACUCAAUCAGUGGAGGCUGGGGGAACCUAUGCUGGUGGCGCGAUACUCCCACAGAAGUGCAGCCUAUAAGAACUACAUCUUCUCCAUUGGAGGAAUUGGCGAAAACCAGGAGACAAUGAGUUCCAUGGAGAGGUACAAUAGCAUCUACAAUGUCUGGGAGACCGUGGCCAGCAUGCCUGUAGCUGUCCUUCAUCCUGCAGUAGCUGUGAAAGACCAAAGACUCUAUCUUUUUGGAGGAGAAGACAUUAUGCAAAAUCCUGUACGACUCAUACAGGUUUAUCAUAUUUCCAGAAACACAUGGUUCAGGAUGGAGACCAGAAUGAUCAAGAAUGUCUGUGCUCCAGCAGUAGUGCUUAGGGGCCAAAUUAUUAUUGUUGGAGGUUAUACAAGGAGGCUCCUUGCCUAUGAUCCUCAAGCCAACAAAUUUGUGAAAUGUGCUGACAUGAAAGACAGGAGGAUGCACCAUGGGGCCACGGUGAUUGGGGACAAGCUCUAUGUAACUGGAGGUCGGAGGCUCACCAUGGACAGCAACAUUGAAGACUCAGACUCAUUUGAUUGCUAUGACCCAGAGACAGAUACUUGGACAUCUCAGGGGAGAUUACCCCAUACACUCUUUGAUCAUGGAUGUCUCACUCUCCAGUGCCUACCUUAUCCUUCUGAAUCUCCCUAAAAAAAGCAUUAGGUUUGUGGGUGGAAAGAAAGAACAAGGAGGUUCAGAAGGGACAGUAGGACCCUUGUACCAAUCAUAUCUAAGCUUGCCACAUGAAAAAAAGGGCUAGUUUUGUGUUCUUCUGAUCUUCUCACCUCUAUAUAGAUGGUCUGGAUCUGGAAAAGUCCAAGCAUGACAAAAACGAUAGAAUGAUAAAUUCAGGGCUAGAGGACUUUACUGGUACUCAGAUGCCAUCUCGGACAUACACUAUAUAUGUAGUCAUGAGCAAAUCAGUUAAUUUCUCAGUGCUCCCAAGCAACUCUCUAAAAUUAAGGUUCCAAGAGUGGCUAGAUGGUUCAGUGGAUAGAGCACCAACCCUAUAAUGAGGAGGACCAGAAUUCAAAUCUAGCUUCAAACACUUAAUACAUAUAAGCUGUGUGAUUCUGGGCAAGUCAAUUAACCCCGAUUGCCUCAACAAUAACAAAUAAUAAUAAUUUAAUUAAAUUAAAGUUCUAGGGGAGCUACUGCUCUAUGGCAGGAGAGGUAAAGGAGUUUCCCUACCAAAGGUUUUCUAUUUAAUCUUAAUUCCUAUGUACAUCACUCUCUGUGCAUAUUAGAACUCCAGAGGGCAUGUGGAAGCGUUGAGGUGCAGUGAAAAGGAAGCGGAGAAUCCCAAUCUCUGAAACUGACUAACUAUAUGAUUUGGGAGCAAUUCUCUAACUUCAUUAUGUUCUUCUGUAAAAUGGGGGGAGGAGUGCCUCCCUCACUGAGCUCUUGUGAGGAUGAAAUGAGAUAAUGUAUGCAAUGUGUUGUGCAAACCUUGAAGCAUUAUGUAAAAGUUAGCUAUUAUUAUUAGAUUAGAGAAUCUCUAAGGUCUGUUCCAGCUUGAAAUUCUAUGAACCUAGGAAUAACAUUUACUGGUACCAAGUGAUGUUUUCUUCCAGCCUAGCAUGAACUGUAACCUUCUGAUUAAAAUCAGUAAUUUUUUUUUUGGAAUCACGCUAAAAGAAUUGUUCUUUGGGGGGAGCAAAGAGCCAGCAAGUUUUUAAUGAAAUUAACUAACACAGCUAUCUUCCAUAUGCUGAGAAUGCCGGCUAUUUCUAGAAUUCCUUUCAUCUUCAACAGCUUUACAAAUUGGCAAUAUGACUCAGGGUGUGAAUGGGUUUGGAAAUUAUAUCUCUCUGAUACUCUCUUACUUUACCUGCUGCAUCCUCACUUCUUUGUAUAGUGCUGCAACGUCCUGUCACAUCACAAGAGCAGGAGGGAGCUUUGGGAAGAGAGAUGCCCACUGCCCACUGUUUUGACUAUAUAACCAUUUGAUUAAAAUUUUCACUUUUCAAAAAAAGAAAAAAA